AUGGAAUGCAGGAUAGAUAUAGUAUCAAGGGAGUUGAUAAAACCAUCAUCUCCAACUCCACUUGAAAAGAAAGAGCUUAAACUCUCUCUUCUAGAUCAGCUUCAAGCUCCUAUCUUUGUUCCUGUUCUGUUCUUCUACCAAAAACAGCCACCUUCCUCAAAUGAUUUUCAUGAAGAUCAAACCAAAACAACCCUACAUUUAAAGAAAUCCUUCGCGGAGUCUUUAACGAAGUUCUACCCUUUAGCAGGAAAGUUGAACCCGGAGCAUCAUUGUGUUGAUUGUGAUGAUUCUGGAGCUUUGUUUGUGGAAGCUAAGGUUGACGUUUCUCUAUCAGAAGCAGUCCAGAGUGAUGAAAUGUUAGGUCAAUACUUGCCAUUUGAGCCAUUUAUUAAGGAUGAAAUUGAAGAUGUUAGAGUUAAGCCACUCCUGGCAGUCCAAAUAACUAGGUUUGGAUGUGGAAGCAAUGCCAUUGGUGUUUGCAUUUCCCACAAAGUAGCUGAUUUGAUGUCGUUUAUGACCUUCAUGAACUCGUGGGCUGCCUUGAAUCGUGGGGAAAUUACUAGACUUGUAGUAUCAAAUUUUGAUGUUGGAAGGCAUGUUUUUCCUCCAGUUGAUCAUGAUGUUAGUUUUCCUUUACAACCUCCAAAUAAAGGAAAAGGGAUGGUGUAUAAGCGAUUUGUGUUCGACAAGGAAAAACUAAAAGAAUUGAAAGAAUUGGCCAUUUCUUCCUCAGCAGCAAAAUCUCCCACUCGGAUUGAAGUUGUUACUGCUUUCUUGUGGAAGCAUUUCAUAAAUGUGGCAAGGGCUAAAAUCCAAGGUCCUGCUACAACAAUGUUGUUCAGGAUUUCGCAUCUUGUGAAUGUAAGAAGCAAAAUGAGCAGCUUGUUGGCCUCAUCUCCUGAUGAAAAUGUGUUUCCUUUUGGCAACCUUGCGAUUGGUGUUCCUGCCUCAUUCACUUUUUUUCGCGGCGAGAAUCAGGAAAAGAAAGAUUAUUAUGGCGAUCUAGUUCGCCUCACGGGCGAUGCAAUAAAGAGAGUCAAUGAGGAUUACAUUCUCAAUUCUGCAAUUCCUUCCUUUAAGGCUACAAAAGGCACAGUAGAAGUAGUGCAGAAACCAGCAAUAAUUGAGAAAGAUUGGAUCUUCACAAGUUGGUGUAGAUUCCCAUUUUAUGAAGUGGAUUUCGGCUGGGGCAAACCUGUUUCAGUUGUCCCUGGAAAUCUAAAUGGCAUCCUAGUAAUCUUAACCAGCACAAGAAAUGAGGAAGGGAUAGAAGCAUGGAUUGCUAUGUUAGAAGAUGAAUUUGCUCUGCUUCCUGCUGAGUUUCUUUCACUGGCAGCAACUCAUCUUUUUCAUGCUUAA